AUGCCCAGCACGGGCAGCGCCGGCAUCAUAGCGCGGGUGGCGCCGGCUGCGGGAUCCAAGCGCGGCGGCUGGAUCUGGGCGCGGCGGGAUCCCAGCACGGGCGACGGCGUGAUGCCCCUAACCCUAGCUGCAUUCUGGACAAGGAGCCGAGUAGAUGCCGCCGACGACCGUGUCCAAGGGGCGCGGGGCCGCCCGCUCCGCCCCGCCGCUCUUCGUCCCCUACCUCCGCCGCAUCGUCAAGAAGGAUUCAGUGAGGAGGCCCAUCAUGCAGACUUCAAAACAAGGUAUGGAACUGAAGGAAAGAGGAUUCCUGCUGGUUUCAAGGGACAUAACAAGCAAAGGGGGAAGGAAGUAGACCUUGCAAAGUUGCAGUUGGAAAAAGAGAAGCUGGAAAAAAGGCAGCAAGAAGGUUGGCAGAUAGCAGAAUCCAAUGACUUGAAUAUUUCCUUCAAGAAGAUCAUGAGCUUCUUAUCUUAG